AUGUUCUCUGUUUCACCAAACAGAAUGAAUACCAAAACGUCCGUUAUCCUCAUUUUCGCCGCGGCCUUGGUAACCACGAUCUCUUCAGCCAGCGGAGGUUUAGAAGAGGACAUGCCCUACAAAAGCCUUCUUCGUGAGCUAUGGAGGAAAGAAAGUGACAUGAAGGAAACUUUUGAUGAGGUAACUCAGGAGAGGUUUUUCGGAUACUUGCUGUGAUUCUAGCUCACACUUGCAAACUCUUCUUAUAAUCACUUCUCCUAAAUUCUUGUUUAUUUCUAUAGGCCACUAGCAUGAAGUCGAAGAGAACCGAAGACUGCGACUUAAUCAAUCAACCAUGCUCUGUUGCAGUGGAUUGUGAGAUUUCCACCUGCGAAGGCGAACCCCUUCAAUGUUAUUAUGGUGAAUGUGGAAGACAAGAAAGCUAUUCAUACAAGCGAUAA